ACAGGAGGCGCGUUGUUGUUGUCUUCCGCUCGCAGGCGAACAUUUCACAAUCGAUGGCUGAGCUGAGGGCAGCUGAACAUGCAGCAGCAUCAGAGCUGUCAGAGGCUGCUCAGGCGGAGCUGCUGGAGCUGUGUGAGGAGCAGUUCUCUCAGCUGGAGAAGCUUCAGAAUGAGAUCACACUGUCUGAACCAGAUUACUGCGAGAACCCACAGGAGCAGUCAGUGAAUCGACUGAUUGCAACAGAAGCUGAACUGAAGCAGUGGCUGGCAGUGGAGCCCAAAUUGCUGGCAGUGAAUUCAGAAGUUUUACUUGAAGCUGGAAAAGAGGAGAUGCUCAAGCUGUGUUCUGAACUUGAGAUGGUUGCUUCCUGCUACGAAGCAAAGACAGACAAACUGAAAGAGACCAAAGAACUUGAGCUGAAGUGGUUGGAGGAGAAGAAACAGGUGCUAUUAGCGGCCAGUGAUCGCGCUGAACGACUUCAAAUGGACAAGGAGAAAAUAUCAGAGCUGAGUGUACUGCGGGACACCAAGGCCAAAAUCCAGAAAAUGAAGGUGUACCAGGAGACGUUGAUGGAGUGUCUGGGGGACGUCCUGGAAAAGCAUGCUCCUCUCCCUCAGAUUGAAUUCAGUACAAACAGGAAGAAGACGAACAUUGACCUGGGGAUAAAUGGAAACUUGAUUUCACUUAAUGAAAUCCUGGAGGUGCUCAUGAACAAGGUCCUGAGCACACCACACGACACCUAUGUGACGAUAGAUGACACAUUCUGGCCACCGUACAUAGAGCUGCUUCUCCGCUACGGGAUUGCAGUGAGGCACCAGGAGAAUCACUUCAAGAUCCGCCUGGAGACCUUCUUUUAGGACAGUGGUGCAUUAGCCAUCUCAGGCACCAUUUGUAAGUGUUUCUAAUUCCAGUCGCCUUGUACAGUCCUGCUGUUGUGUAUAUAUAUAUAUAUAUGUGUGUGUGUGUGUCUGUGUGUGUGCGAAAGCUGAUAUGAAGACAGCUGUUAAAGCAACAAGGCUUGUACGUUUCUGUAUGUGUAUGUCUGUUGUAGAGUGCAUAUUAAAGAUAGCAUUUCCUGAAAUGCCCAUUUAGGCUUUAUACAAGUAGGUUUUAUGUUAAGAUCCCAUUUGUACAGAAUAACCAUGGACUAUUUUACAUUUAACAUAUCCUUUUGUCUAAAUAUUUCCCUGGAUUAUAGUUCCAUAACUGUUUUCAUUUGCCAGGUUCAAUUUGUAAUAAACAAUGUAUAGUAUGUAAGUG